CUAUUUAAUUCCUCAUGCCGGAGAUGGCGCAGCGGAGCGGGCAAGAGGACCCUGAGCGGUACCUCUUUGUGGAUCGGGCCAUGGUCUACAACCCUGCUUCUCAGGCAGACUGGACAGCCAAGAAGCUGGUGUGGGUUCCUUCCGAACGGCAUGGGUUUGAGGCGGCCAGCAUCCGCGAGGAACGUGGAGAGGAGGUGCUCGUUGAGCUGGCUGAAAAUGGCAAGAAGGCCCUGGUGAACAAAGAUGACAUCCAGAAGAUGAACCCGCCCAAGUUCAGCAAAGUGGAGGAUAUGGCAGAACUCACCUGCCUGAAUGAAGCGUCUGUUUUACACAACCUGAAAGAUCGCUACUACUCUGGGCUCAUAUACACAUACUCAGGACUCUUCUGUGUGGUCAUAAACCCAUACAAAAACCUCCCCAUAUACUCGGAGAACAUCAUUGAGAUGUACAGGGGCAAGAAGAGGCAUGAAAUGCCACCUCAUAUCUACGCCAUUUCUGAAUCUGCCUACAGAUGCAUGCUUCAAGAUCGUGAGGACCAAUCAAUUCUUUGCACAGGGGAAUCGGGUGCUGGAAAGACAGAAAACACCAAAAAAGUCAUCCAGUACCUGGCUCACGUUGCAUCCUCUCACAAAGGAAAGAAAGACCACAACAUUCCAGGAGAGUUAGAGCGUCAACUCCUGCAGGCAAACCCUAUUUUGGAAUCCUUUGGGAAUGCCAAGACAGUGAAAAAUGACAACUCUUCACGCUUUGGCAAGUUCAUCCGCAUCAACUUUGAUGUAACCGGUUACAUUGUGGGGGCCAACAUCGAAACCUAUCUUCUUGAAAAGUCCAGGGCCAUUCGCCAAGCCAAAGAUGAACGCACCUUCCAUGUCUUCUACCAGCUGUUGGCUGGUGCUGGAGAACAUCUAAGAUCUGAUCUACUCCUGGAGGGCUUCAAUAACUACCGCUUCCUCUCCAACGGUAACAUUCCCAUUCCUGGCCAACAGGACAAGGACAAUUUCCAAGAGACCAUGGAAGCCAUGCAUAUUAUGAGCUUCUCCCAUGAUGAAAUCUUAUCAAUGCUCAAGGUGGUAUCAGCAGUCCUGCAGUUUGGCAACAUCGUGUUCAAGAAGGAGAGAAACACCGACCAGGCCUCUAUGCCAGAAAACACAGCUGCUCAAAAGCUUUGCCACCUGCUUGGAAUAAAUGUCAUGGAGUUCACACGUGCCAUCCUGUCUCCAAGAAUCAAAGUGGGCAGAGACUAUGUACAAAAGGCCCAAACUAAAGAACAGGCCGACUUUGCAGUGGAAGCACUGGCCAAGGCCACAUACGAAAGGUUGUUCCGCUGGCUUGUUCACCGCAUUAAUAAAGCUCUGGACAGGACCAAGCGCCAAGGAGCUUCCUUCAUUGGCAUCCUGGACAUUGCUGGCUUUGAGAUAUUCCAGCUGAACUCAUUUGAGCAGCUCUGCAUCAAUUACACCAACGAGAAGCUUCAGCAGCUGUUCAACCACACCAUGUUUUAGGUUGACUAUAAGGCAGAUGAGUGGUUGAUGAAAAACAUGGACCCUCUAAAUGACAACGUGGCCACACUCCUGCACCAGUCCACGGAUAAGUUUGCGGGGAUGAUUCAGAAUAUCCAAAGAGCGUCUUUUUAUGAUGUCUCUAGUCUCCAUGAAUCGCCAGGUGAAGUGGACCGUAUUGUUGGUUUGGACCAGGUGGCAGGGAUGAAUGAGACUGCAUUUGGGGCUACAUAUAAGACCAAGAAGGGCAUGUUCCGCACUGUGGGUCAGCUCUAUAAAGAAUCCCUCACGAAACUUAUGGCCACACUCAGAAACACCAACCCCAACUUCGUGCGCUGUAUCAUCCCCAAUCAUGAGAAAAGAGCUGGUAAACUGGAGCCCCAUCUGGUUCUGGAUCAGCUGAGGUGUAAUGGAGUUCUAGAAGGGAUCCGGAUCUGCAGGCAGGGAUUCCCUAACCGUAUUGUCUUCCAGGAGUUCAGACAGAGAUACGAGAUCCUCACGCCUAAUGCAAUCCCCAAAGGUUUUAUGGACGGCAAGCAGGCUUGUGAGAGAAUGAUCCGAGCCUUGGAGCUUGACCCAAACCUCUACCGGAUCGGGCAGAGUAAGAUUUUCUUCCGCACUGGAGUCUUGGCACACCUGGAGGAAGAGAGAGACCUGAAAAUAACAGAUAUCAUAAUCUACUUUCAGUCGGUCUGUCGAGGAUACCUGGCUCGCAAAGCCUUUGCUAAAAAACAGCAGCAGCUAAGCGCUUUGAAAGUCCUCCAGAGAAACUGCGCCGCCUACCUAAAACUACGCCACUGGCAGUGGUGGAGACUUUUCACCAAGGUGAAACCCCUCCUCCAGGUGACCCGUCAGGAGGAAGAAAUGCAGGCCAAGGAUGAGGAGCUCAUUAAAGUAAAGGAGAAGCAGGUGAAAGUAGAGAACGAACUGGUGGAAAUGGAGCGGAAACACCAGCAGCUCUUGGAGGAGAAGAACAUCCUGGCGGAGCAACUGCAGGCUGAGACAGAAUUGUUUGCUGAAGCUGAAGAGAUGAGGGCUCGCCUGGUGGCUAAAAAACAAGAGCUGGAGGAGAUUCUUCAUGACCUGGAGUCCCGUGUGGAGGAGGAAGAGGAGAGGAACCAAUCUUUGCAGAAUGAGAAGAAGAAAAUGCAGUCACACAUACAGGACCUAGAGGAACAACUAGAUGAAGAAGAGGCUGCCCGACAGAAGCUUCAGUUGGAGAAGGUGACUGCUGAAGCCAAGAUAAAAAAGAUGGAGGAAGACAUUCUGCUGUUGGAGGACCAGAACUCCAAAUUCCUAAAGGAGAAAAAACUCCUGGACGACCGUGUCAGUGAGAUGACCUCCCAGUUGGCUGAGGAAGAAGAGAAAGCCAAGAACCUUGGCAAAGUCAAAAACAAGCAAGAAAUGAUGAUGGUAGACCUGGAAGAGCGUCUGAAGAAAGAGGAGAAAACUAGGCAGGAGCUUGAGAAAGCCAAAAGAAAGCUGGAUGCUGAGACCACAGACCUACAGGACCAGAUAGCUGAGCUGCAGGCCCAGAUUGAGGAACUCAAGAUCCAACUGGCCAAGAAAGAAGAGGAGCUACAGGCUGUACUGGCCAGAGGUGAUGAGGAGGUCGCUCAGAAGAACAACGCACUGAAGCAAGUGCGGGAGCUGCAGGCCCAGCUAGCUGAGCUCCAGGAGGAUCUGGAGUCUGAGAAAGCAGCCAGAAACAAAGCUGAGAAACUCAAGAGAGAUCUGAGUGAGGAACUGGAGGCUCUGAAGACUGAGCUGGAAGACACACUGGAUACCACUGCCGCCCAGCAGGAGCUGAGGACCAAACGAGAGCAGGAGGUGGCAGAACUGAAGAAGGCCAUCGAUGACGAGGUGAAAAACCAUGAGUCUCAGGUCCAGGAGAUGAGACAGAGGCACGGCACAUCUCUGGAAGAGAUCUCUGAGCAGCUGGAACAGGCCAAAAGAGUUAAGUCAAAUCUGGAGAAAAACAAACAGACUCUGGAGAGUGAUAAUAAGGAGAUGGCCAAUGAGGUGAAGAGUUUGCAGCAAGCCAAGUCUGAAUCUGAGCACAAGAGAAAGAAACUUGAGGCUCAGCUGCAGGAGUUCAUGGCCCGCUUCAGCGAGGGAGAGAAGGUUAAAGGAGAACUUUCAGACCGCUCCUACAAACUACAAGCAGAACUGGACAAUGUUUCUUCUCUGUUGGAAGAUGCUGAGAAGAAGGGAAUUAAGCUGGCCAAAGAUGCCUCCAGCUUAGAGAGUCAGCUUCAGGACACUCAGGAGCUGCUUCAAGAGGAGACUCGUCAGAAGCUGAACCUGAGCAGCCGUGUCCGUCAACUGGAUGAGGAGAAGAACAGCCUUCUGGAGCAGCAGGAGGAGGAAGAGGAGGCACGGAGGAACCUGGAGAAACAACUGGCAACACUACAAGCCCAGCUGGUGGAGACUAAGAAGAAGCUGGAGGAUGAUGUGGGAGCCCUUGAAGGCCUGGAGGAGGUCAAGAGGAAGCUGCAGAAGGACAUGGAGGGGACCAGUCAGAAGCUGGAGGAAAAGGCCAUCGCUUACGACAAGCUGGAGAAAACCAAGAACAGAUUGCAGCAGGAGCUUGAUGACCUUAUGGUAGACCUGGACCACCAGAGACAGAUCGUCUCAAACCUGGAGAAGAAACAGAAGAAGUUUGACCAGAUGCUGGCGGAGGAGAAGACCAUCUCUGCACGUUACGCUGAGGAGAGGGACCGUGCUGAGGCUGAGGCGAGAGAGAAAGACACCAAAGCUCUGUCUAUGGCCCGAGCCCUGGAUGAAGCUCUGGAGGCUAAAGAGGAAUUUGAGAGACUCAACAAGCAGCUCAGAGCUGAGAUGGAGGAUCUGAUGAGUUCCAAGGAUGACGUAGGCAAGAAUGUGCAUGAGCUGGAGAAAUCCAAGCGCACUCUGGAGCAGCAGGUGGAGGAGAUGCGCACUCAGCUGGAGGAGCUGGAGGACGAACUACAGGCCACAGAGGAUGCCAAGCUGCGUCUGGAGGUCAACAUGCAGGCCAUGAAGGCCCAGUUUGACCGAGACCUGCAGGCCAGAGAUGAGCAGAAUGAGGAGAAGAAGAGGGCACUGGUCAAACAGGUGCGUGAGAUGGAGGUGGAGCUUGAAGAUGAAAGGAAGCAGAGAGCUCUUGCUGUAGCUGCCAAGAAGAAACUGGAGAUGGACCUUAAAGAUGUGGAAGCUCAGAUCGAGGCUGCAAACAAGGCCCGUGAUGAAGCCAUUAAACAGCUACGCAAACUCCAGGCCCAGAUGAAGGACUACCAGAGGGAGCUGGAGGAGGCGCGUGCUUCUCGUGAUGAGAUCUUCACUCAUUCUAAGGAGAACGAGAAGAAGCUCAAGAGUCUAGAGGCUGAGAUUCUGCAGUUGCAAGAGGACCUGGCAUCUUCAGAGAGAGCCCGACGCCACGCUGAACAGGAAAGAGACGAGCUGGCAGAUGAGAUUUCCAACAGUGCCUCUGGAAAGGCAGCCCUCUUGGAUGAGAAGAGGAGGCUGGAGGCUCGCAUUGCCCAGCUGGAGGAAGAGCUAGAGGAGGAACAGAGCAACAUGGAGCUCCUGAACGACCGCUUCCGCAAGACCACUAUGCAGGUGGAUACCCUGAACACAGAGCUGGCGGGAGAGCGCAGUGCCGCCCAGAAGAGCGAGAACGCCCGUCAGCAGCUGGAGCGGCAAAACAAAGACUUGAAGACCAAACUGCAGGAACUUGAGGGAUCCGUCAAAUCAAAGUUUAAGGCCUCUAUCGCCGCCCUGGAGGCCAAGAUUAUCCAGCUAGAGGAGCAGCUUGAACAGGAAGCAAAGGAGAGAGCUGCAGCCAAUAAGAUUGUGCGCCGCACAGAGAAGAAACUCAAGGAGGUGUUCAUGCAAGUGGAGGAUGAGCGGCGCCAUGCAGACCAGUACAAAGAGCAGAUGGAGAAGGCAAACUCCCGCAUGAAGCAGUUGAAGAGGCAGCUGGAGGAGGCUGAGGAAGAGGCGACUCGAGCAAACGCCUCCCGCAGGAAGCUGCAGAGAGAGCUGGAUGAUGCCACCGAAGCUAGUGAGGGUCUGAGCCGAGAGGUCAACACUCUCAAAAACCGCCUCAGGCGAGGAGGUCCUGUUAGCUUCUCCUCAAGCCGUUCUGGCCGCAGGCAGCUGCAGAUGGAAGGGGAAUUUUCUGACGACGACGCAGACAGCAAGGCCAGCGACCUGAACGAGACCCCGCCGGCUCAAGCGGAGUAGAGCACAACGACCUCCUGUGGUCACCCAGCCCCACUGCUUCCUCCUCUCCAGCACCUCAUUCUCCUUUAGCAAUGUGGGGUCCAGUGAGCAAUGCAAACACAACUACACUAACACUUCCACAUACACACACUCAGACAUAAGCUACCCUCAAACCUCCAUUUCUAUCCCCUCCCUACCAAGGGAGCAUCGACUCUGCCUUAUUCUAAAUACAAGAUGCUUCAAGACCGAGCGUACACACGCCAAUUAGUGUUUCCUGCAACUGUAGCCUACAAAAUACCACGCUCACGACAGAACACUAUAGAAGUGCAUUUCAAAUGUCAAACUUUGCUUUGUGUACGUGAAUAUGCUCAUUCAUAAGAGCAUGCAAUGAUCUAGUUUAAUGAUGUAAAACCAUCAGCUAGCUAAGCAAACGUGACGGAUUGGAUCUUAGUUGUACAGUACAGUUCUCCAAAUAGACACGGUCUGCAGAUUUUGGAUCAAUCGAGAUGCACGUGCUUGCUCGUUCGCUACAAGCCAACACUAAAAGAAAAAAAGUCCUGUGGCACUGGACCGGAUCUGAAACGGACCAGAAAAGAAAAACUGUGAAAAAGCUGCUUGCUUCAGCAUCUCAUUAACAUUCAAACACAUGAAAUAGUUCAAACACAAGAAAUCCGGCGGGUGACGGCGUUUAUCUUCAUUUAACUCGAGAUUUGUUGGAUCUUAUUUGGGAGAUUUAGCUGACGUUUUAGGAAUUUGGAUGUAAUUGCGAAUCGCCUUUAACUGCACAUUGUGAGAAAGCCAUAAUGGCCUCUUCAAAUGGAAAUAUGAAGUAUUCUGGAUGCAAAUGCACGUCAAGGUGAAGCAUACAUGACUUUACAUAUGUAAUCUCUUUAGGUAUUUUUUCCCCCAUAUAUGUGACAGUAUGAUGGUACUUCUUAAAUCCAGCUGCUCUGUUAGAUUCACUACAAGUGAAACGUCCACCAAAGCAAGUUUAUUGGAACUUGAAGGAAGAUGUUUGAAAUGGUCCAGACGUCACUGAGAGAUCGCUGAAAGCAACUGGAAAUAUUGAACACGUUAACUCGCAGGCACUUUGCUGAAUUUUCGUAACUCAAAACUGGAGUUAUAGCUGUGGACGGGAUGCUUUAAACACUAGUAGUAUUAAGAGGAUGAACGGAAAGCGUACUAACCUGUUCUACUGUUAGCAUUUACUGACGUGUUUCUUAAAGUGCCUUAGACACUAAUUAGAAAACAUCCAUGAAAGUAUGUCAAAUAUCAGUAAUGAAGAAACUAAUAUGAAGGCAAAACUGGCUGAAAGCAAUUGAAAUAAAAUGCUAUGUAACCCUU